AUGGCAGAUGCACUGCUUGGUCCCGCAGUACAAGUUCUAGUACAGACGGCAAUAAACUUGGCUACAGAACAAAUUGGCCAGUUUGUUGGCUUCAAGAAAGAUUUGGAGAAACUGCAGGAUACGUUGACUGGAAUCCAGGCUGUCCUUCGUGACGCAGAGAAAAAACAUGUGAGUGAAGAGUUCGUGAAGCAUUGGUUGGAGCAGCUUGAACGUGUGGCUUUUGAUGCUGAUAAUUUGCUGGAUGACUUCAACUAUGAAAUGAUUCGACGCAAAGUUGAGAUCCGAAACCAAAUGAAGAGGAAGGUAUGCUUCUUCUUCUCAGUCUCCAAUCCCAUUGCAUUUCGUUGUAGAAUGGCCAAAAAAAUUCAGAAAAUCAAUAUGGAUUUGAUAAGUAUCCAUGAAGAUGCAACGAAACUUGGCCUCCUCCGGUCACAGGAUGAAGCUAGAGAUGCACCUGCUCUUUCUCCUCCUAGCAGAGAGACUGACUCUGUUACUAAUACGAGUUUUGUUGGAAGGGAUGAUAAGGUUUCAGCAAUAGUAACAAAGUUGACUGCCACAAGUAACAAUGAAACAAUCUCCGUUCUUCCUAUAGUGGGGAUGGGCGGGAUCGGAAAGACCGCUGUGGCUCGAGAAGUUUUGAAUGAUCUAAAUAUUGAAAACCAUUUUGACGAGAGAAUGUGGGUAUGCGUAUCAGAUUUUGAAAAACAUUUGGAUGCCAACAGGCUUUUCGGUUUGAUGCUUGAAUCAUUGAAAGUCCCAAUGGCCGAAGUUGGGGAUUCUAGGGAAGCCAAAGUCCAGAAGCUUAAGGAAAUAUUGGAUGGUAAAGAACCGAAUGGUAAAAAGCCGCUUAAGUAUCUAUUGGUCCUCGAUGAUGUAUGGAGUGAGGACCCCGCAUCAUGGGAUGGGUUUCUUGAUUCUUUGCGAGGUAUUAGCUCAGCCAAGGGGAGCUGGAUUGUUGUGACCACCCGUAACGAACAAGUGGCAACCAUCACAGCAAUUUCUUCUCGUCCUUGUUCCUUAGAGGAAUUAUCAGAUUAUGAUUGUUGGCUCAUCCUUGAAAAAAAAGCAUUUGGUUCUAGGGAAGCACCGGAUGAUCUAAAAGAGUUAGGAUUAGAGCUUGCAAAGAAAUGCCAAGGCUUACCAUUAGCUGCAAGUGUUCUUGGCGGUAUGUUGCGGAACAAGGAAAGUGAUGUAUGGCAUUCAAUUUUAGAGACUGGGCUUCAAAAUAUAGGUGGAAACAGAGAUGGUUACAUCUCUAAAAUUUUGAAGUUAAGCUUCGACCAUCUUCCGUAUCCAUCUCUUAAAAAGUGUUUUGCAUAUUGUUCAAUUUUUCCCCAGGAUUUUGAAAUGGAAAGGAAUCAACUAAUCCAACUUUGGGCUGCAGAAGGAUUUCUUCAUUCAAAUCCAAGAAACAAAAUGACUAUGGAGGAAGUUGGUAACUGGUACUUUACCCUUUUGUUGGAUAGUAACUUGUUUCAAGAUGCAGAGAAGGAUGAUUAUGGGAAUGUUUUGUACUGCAAAAUGCAUGAUCUUGUGCAUGAUAUGCUGCAAUCCAUUUCCAAUUCUAAAACUUUAAGGUUGAAAGAGUCAAGUGAAGCUGAUUUUCGUCACAAGACUUUUCGGUAUCUUGCAAUUGAGAGAAGUGAUGGAGAAGAAAUACCACCAUUUCCACUGAAUGGGAGUUUCAAGUACAUAACAACAUUAUUUUUACUGGAGAACAGAUCAAUUGAUGAUGGUUUGAUCAUUUUUUUGGCUUGCUUGCGAGUGCUAAACAUGGCUUCAUCAGAUACCAAGGAGCUUCCUGAAUCAAUUGGCAAGUUGUCUCAUUUAAGGUACCUCGAUUUGUCAAAUACUUCUAUGGAAACUUUGCCGGACUUUCUUUGUAAACUUUACAAUCUGCAGACAUUAAGACUUCGAGAUUGUAAAUCAUUGACAAAGUUUCCAAACAAUUUCAAGAAUUUGGUGAAUCUGAGGCACUUUGCUUUUUUCACAAGGAUAAAUCAAGUGAUCUAA